AUGAAGUUCGCCAAAGAAUUGGAGCACGAGCUGGUUCCUGAGUGGCGGGCUAAAUAUCUGAACUACAAGCUCGGAAAGAAAAAAGUCAAGGCGAUAGCGCGCGCCAUCCAGAAAGCAAAUCGCACGCCGACCCAUGCUUCUCUCAGACGGCCUACAGUUGGAGCCGAGUUCUCGGAUACUCCAGCUGGUUCUAACCGUUCCGCAUCAUUUUGGCGGGCAGAAAAACGAGCGGAAGGAGGAGAGGCACAGAACAGUAUAGCAAGCCCGAGUCCUGCCUCACGGUCAACACCCGGUCAACGACAUGAGCGACAACCCCUGCGAGUACCAGGUUCUCGGUUUUCUGCCGUGCAUGGAAGUUAUGGAAGCAUUAUCGCAUCGCCCCCGCAGCACCCGGGGGUGUCAGACGCCGCCUCGCUUGAACUGCCCGGUCCGGCACUGGAUGUUGACGAGGAUUCUCGAUACUCAGACAGAUACAUGGACCGCGCGGUAUCUCCUACAAAUUCAUUCGCCGUCAUGCCACGACACGGUAUGAAUCGAACCGUUUCCAGGGACUCAACUCACCUCAGUCCGUCGGCGGCAAAACAGCCGGCCCCGGUAAAUGUCGAACCCGAGAAAAACGUGACUUCUGGAUCUUCUAUUCGGAGAAAUUCCCGUCUCCUUAGUCGUGUUCUAUCAGCAACGGAGGCAACAGAGAAUCCUGUAGAGGACCACCGCUCUGAGGUUGAGAAGAAGCAGGAUGAGUUCUUUGCUUUUCUCGACGGCGAACUAGCGAAAAUCGAAUCGUUCUAUCAUAUGAGGGAACGGGAAGCUACUGAACGAUUGAAGGUGCUUCGGGAACAAUUGCACACCAUGAGAGACCAACGGAUACAGGAAGUCUUUCAUGUCAAGAGACAUCGAACCGAGGGGUUUGAGCAGCAGCAGUCAGAAGCCCUAAGUGGUCUAAAUGGCCGCCGCAUCAAAGCUGCCAUUACGGGUCGCCGAAUCGGAAAGAACUCCAAGGCACUGGCAGCAUUGGCUACCCCUGGAGGCGAGCAACCCCAGGACAGUGAUGUUAUCACAAGACGCAGGGACUUCACGCGUCACCCGGUGGAGGACCAGCAACUACCGAAAUCUGAAGUCCCGUAUCGAUCAGCGAAAAGAAAGCUGAAAUAUGCGCUGCAGGAGUUCUAUAGAGGCGUGGAGCUUCUGAAAUCCUAUGCCUACCUCAACCGGACUGCUUUUCGGAAGAUCAACAAGAAGUACGAUAAGGUGGUUGGUACACGUCCGUCGAUGAGAUAUAUGGCAGAGAAAGUCAACAAAGCCUGGUUUGUGCAAAGUGAGGUGACUGAGAGCUUGCUAGCCACCGCGGAAGAUUUAUAUGCUCGCUAUUUCGAGGGCGGGAAGCGUAAGAUCGCCGCCUCAAAGCUUCGUCAUACGGUCAGGAAAGCCGGUGAUUACUCGCCAAACACUUUUCGCUGUGGUCUCCUUGGGAUGGCUGGCAUCCUAUUUGCCAUUCAGAGUCUAAUAUACGCGAGCCACCACCUAGAUGAUGAUGAACUAAGUCGUCAGACGAGCUUAUUACUCCAGAUCUAUGGAGGAUAUUUCCUAAUUGUUUUCCAUUUCUUGCUAUUUUGUGUAGACUGCAUGAUCUGGAAUAGAACUAAGAUAAACUAUGUUUUCGUCUUUGAAUACGACACUAGAUCCGCACUGGAUUGGCGCCAAUUGGCCGAGGUAUGUUUACUCAAUGAUUUUCUUUUUCCUGAUAUUAACUGGGGACAGCUACCUUGCUUCUUUCUUUUCAUAUUAGGCCUAUUUAUGUGGCUGAACUUUCUGACAGUCAAUGCCAUGUACAUUUACUGGCCUGUAGUCCUUGUAGGAGUCACUGUGGCUGUGCUGUUUCUGCCGUUACGCGUUCUAUACCACCGAAGUCGAAAAUGGUGGGCGUAUUCUAAUUGGCGUCUUCUACUGGCGGGUCUGUACCCGGUUGAGUUUCGUGACUUCUUCCUGGGAGACAUGUACUGUUCCCAGACGUAUGCAAUGGGCCACUGGGGCGCCUCGUCAACGCAGUGCACCUCGUCUCACUCCAGAUUACUGGGGUUCUUUACCACUCUCCCGUCGAUAUGGAGAGCUUUCCAGUGUAUCCGUCGAUAUGUGGACACCAAGAACGUGUUUCCCCAUCUCUUGAACUUCGGCAAAUACAUGUGCGGAGUCCUCUACUACACCACCUUGAGCAUGUACCGCAUCAACAGAACGACGCGAUUUCAGGCCCCCUUCAUAACAUUCGCGCUGCUGAACGCUAUAUAUGUUUCUGUGUGGGACUUAGCAAUGGACUGGAGUUUGGGAAACCCCUACGCCAAACACCCCCUACUGCGUGAAACCCUGGCAUUCCGAAGAGCAUGGGUUUAUUACGUAGCCAUUGUCAUCGAUGUCGUCAUUCGAUUCAAUUGGAUCUUUUAUGCUAUCUUCGCACAUGACAUUCAACACUCUGCCGUGCUCAGCUUUGUCAUCUCCUUCACCGAAAUUUUUCGCCGAGGCAUCUGGACAGUAUUCCGAGUCGAGAACGAGCACUGCACAAACGUUCUCCUGUUUCGCGCGUCCAGAGACGUCCCGCUACCUUAUGCCGUGCCCUGCGCGGAUGGCCAGAUUGAGCAACAACAACAACAACAACAACAACAACAACAACAACCCCCAGAGCCAGAAAUUCACGAGGCUCAAGCUUUUUCCACGGCCCUGCCAACGCACGAUCUGGAAGAAGCAGCUCCGUCACCUGGUACUGCCUCGGCUCGCCCGCGAACACUUACUCGAGUUGGAACGAUCAUGGCCACCGCCCAUGCGCAGGAUUUCCAGCGCAAGAAGCGACCAGACGAAAUGGGUGGUGCUACUGUGGCCCAUGGUGCUCCGGAGUCACCUGAUGACUCGAGUGAUGAAGAUGAUUCUGGUGAAACGCAGCCGUAUAAGGAUACUGACGAUGCCAUUGAGGAGGAGGCUCCAUCAGAUGAUACCCAGUGA